UGACAAAUGACAGUUAACAAUAAUAAAAUAAAAGUGAGGAAUUUUCGUGUAAAUUGUGUUUUUGCGACAUUUAUUCAGUUUGAGACGAUGUAAACAAUGAUCGCGGAUCAUAUUGAUUUUGGGUGUUAAAAUUGCAAGUUAGUAUGUUGUUUUGAGCACUCAGCAUGUGUGAUAACCCGCCUGAGGCGCCCCCUGGCCAAGACACAGACGUUUCCCUCAACGAUUCCGAAUGUUCCGAAAGCGUGUGCUCCGACACCCACAGCGACAACACCACCGUUUCCGAAAUGACCGAAAAAAGCACCGUUUCGCUCUCCACAAUCCAUGCGACUUUGUCCAACGACGAGGACAGCCCCUCGAUCUCUGCAGAUAGGAAGAACGCGACUGUGGCGGCAUCACCGGCCCCCAAUCGCGGAAUGUUGCUCCCUUGGGGGGUGCACAAGGAGUACUUCCCCCAAAUCAUCUCGGGGAGUAGCGUCGAGUUGGAUAUAAGACCGGGGGAGUACGUCAUGAGGAGUCUCUUCUCCGAUUUCACGAUCCUCGCCGAGAAGAAAAUCGAAGCUGUGAUGGGGGAACCACACGAAAAGCCAUUAUCGAAAACCUUGCAACGGGGGGAAGACCCACAGUUUGACCAACUGUUAAGUGCGUUUGGGUGUGUAGCUGAGCAUUGUUUGCCGUCACUUUUGCGUGCUUUGUAUUCGUGGUAUGAGAGACAAAUGGCGGAGGUGAGUCACCAGGAACAGAAAAAGUCCGAUAUUAAACAGAAAAGUAUUAUUUACAUGGUGGCUGGGAAUUCCACAGAGACUGUAGAACGUUCAGAAGUCGAUAUACAAAAAGAACGACGUGAUUUGGCCGUUGAAUUUAUUUUUUGUCUCGUAUUAAUCGAAGUACUGAAACAGUUGUCUUUUCAUCCAGGUCAUGAAGAUUUAGUCUUGUACAUCGAAAAUCUUGCAUUUAAACACUUCAAAUAUCGCGAAGGGAUUCAGAAUAACCCCAAUGGGAGUAACAUUCACAUGAUUUCCGAUCUUUACGCUGAAGUGAUUGGUGUUUUGGCCCAAUCACGUUUUCAAUCAGUUAAAACACGUUUCAUGAAUGAAUUGAAAGAGUUAAGGGGGCGCGAAGCCACUCCACAUACCACUCAAAGUAUUAUUAGUUUACUCAUGGGUAUGAAAUUUUUCCGUGUCAAGAUGGUACCAAUCGAGGAGUUUGAGGCCUCUUUUCAGUACAUGCAAGAGUGUGCACAGUAUUUUCUCGAAGUGAAGGACAAAGAUGUAAAGCAUGCUUUAGCAGGCUUGUUUGUGGAGAUUCUAGUACCUGUGGCGGCAGCUGUCAAAAACGAAGUGAACGUCCCAUGUUUGAAAAACUUUGUUGAAAUGCUCUAUUCUCAAACCCUGGACGCUAGUACCAAAUCCAAACACCGUCUGGCGCUGUUUCCACUCGUCACUUGUCUACUAUGUGUCAGUCAGAAACAAUUUUUCCUCCAAAAUUGGCACUAUUUUCUCGCAAUGUGUUUAUCACAUUUGAAAAAUCGUGAUCCGAAAAUGUGUCGUGUCGCAUUAGAAUCACUUUAUCGUCUCCUGUGGGUCUACAUGAUUCGAAUCAAAUGUGAGAGUAACACAGCGACACAAUCACGUCUUCAAAGUAUUGUAAAUUCGUUAUUUCCGAAAGGCUCAAAAGGUGUGGUUCCCCGUGACACACCUUUAAAUAUUUUCGUGAAAAUUAUACAGUUUAUAGCACAGGAACGUCUCGAUUUUGCAAUGAGAGAAAUCGUUUUUGAUUUAUUAUCUGUCGGACGACCAAUUAAAAUAAUCUUAACACCUGAAAGAAUGAGUAUUGGAUUGAGGGCGUUUUUGGUGGUCGCUGAUAGUUUGCAACAGAAAGAAGGGGAACCCCCCAUGCCUCGUUCGGUUGGUGUCCUCCCCAGUGGGAAUACCCUACGUGUCCGUAAAACUUUCCUGAAUAAAAUGUUAACUGAAGAUACGGCAAGGAGUAUCGGGAUUAGUGCGUACUUCCCCCACGUUCGACGUGUCUUUGUUGAUAUUUUACGUGCGUUGGAUACGCAAUAUGGACGCCCCCUGAUGAUGACAAACACACAGAAUGUUAAUAAGGAGCCUGAUGAAAUGAUAACAGGAGAACGAAAGCCCCGAAUUGACUUAUUUAGGACUUGUGUGGCUGCAGUACCACGACUUAUCCCAGAUGGUAUGACUGGUUCUGAACUUGUUGAUCUUUUGAGUCGUUUAACUGUUCAUAUGGAUGAAGAAUUGCGCGGUUUGGCUUAUCAAAGUCUUCAAACACUUGUUAUUGAUUUCCCUGAUUGGCGACAGGAUGUUUUAUGGGGGCUAUCUCAAUUCUUGGCCAAAGACGUGCUUGAUACAUUCCCGAAUCUUAUUGAUAACGGAUUGAAAAUGAUUUUGACAUUGUUAUGUGCCUGGAAGGGGGCCCUAACUAACCCAACACGAAUCAAAGACACUGAUACGAUGAAUAAACGCACUGAUUUGGGUAAAUCUGAACCGAUGUCGUCGGUACUUCACCUAGUUGAAGCUUUAGCACUUGUUAUGUUGUGUAAUUAUCGUGUAACAACGAAACGUGUCUCAGUUUUGAUUCUCAAAGAAGUGAAAAGUCUAUUAAAAGUAUUGAAUUGUUCAGGUAAUCCCCCUGUGAUUGAUAUAAUCGAUGCUUGUUGUCCGAAAGUGGCCGAAAAGUGUCUUAUUUUAUUACCACCAACUGAGAAAACUGCAGUUUUAACAGCGAGUAAUAUCGAUUUGCAAUGGCUUGUUGAUCGGACACUUUCGGCAUGGAAUGCGGGACUUGCCGAAGAUGGUUCGGUUAAAACCGGUUCGAGUUAUUGUUUUACGAUUGUUGAUCCGUGGAGUUGUUGUUUGUUUGGAUUUUUGGAAAGGAUUUUGACACAAUGUCCAAAUGUGACAACACAUUCAUGGCCUAUUGUCUACACUAGAUUAAAUGCAUUGUAUUCGGUUGUUGAUCCGACGCCUGUUAAUGAUAAUAGAGCGUCACUUUUACGGAGUUCAGCCACGUUGAGGAAACCCCCCAAUGAACGAGACGCUUAUAUGCAUCUAUGGAAAAAUUACAUCACUUUUGCGUUUAAAGUAGUCCCACAUAUGGCAAAUCCAAUUGUCAGAUGUGCUAGUCCGGAUCUGAGUUUGAGUUCAUCCCCGGAUAGUUUAAACACUGAACGUUCUGAUAAUAAAACAUCUUCGGGUAUUUCCCCCACAAGUCUUUAUAAACUUGUUGUGCCACUUUUACGAUGUGAAGUGGCCGAUGUGAGAGAUGCAGCUGUUUAUGCCGUCGGGCAUGUAAAUGCCGACGCUUGUCGUGAUUUAAUGGAAGAAUUGAUUAUUUAUCUUCGUGAAGCGAUCGAUAAGAAGCAGGAGAAUGUAAGAAGACGACGGCGUCGCGACGCUUUACGUUUACAUUUGAUGCGUACUCUUGAAUAUAUCGCCGAAAAUGGUACUUUUAAUAGCAGUUCCUGUAUUCUUGAAAAGGAUACACAGUCGUUGCAUCCCUCCAUUGUUGAAUUUAUUGAAGGAGUGAGGUCGUAUCUGGAAAAUGAACCGGAUAAAACGUCAAGUAGUGUCAAGGAUUUAACACUGCAUUUUGCUUAUUUUACCAAAAAACUCAUCAAGACUUUUAGCCUGGAAGCUUGUCGCGGGUUACUAAAACGCGACCUGCGUCGAAAUCUCUUCAUGAUGUUUUCAUUCUGGGCCGGAAAAUACGGUUUAACACCUUCAAACAUCCAUGAAAAUGAUACAUCGGCUAAGAAAAAUUCCGACUUGCAAUUUGUUGCCUUACAAGCAAUGAGUGCACUUUUAUGUUGUGGACCAUAUUUUGAUACGACUGAUUUGGCCGAAGACAGCAUGAUUUAUCAUUGGUUGAGCGGUUUAUUAGACAGUAGCGAAGAAAAGGUGAAUACAUUAGCACAGGAAACUGUAAUUCUUUUCCUGGAAUCAAACCCCGAUAUUGGUCCUUUACUCGAUUGGGUGGUCGAUAAGUGUUACACAGGGACUUAUGCCGUAGCUGAUGGAUGUUUUCUUGCAUUAGCGACGAUUUUCAGUGCUCGAGAAUACCCCUGUGACCAUUAUACUGCCAUUAUUAAUGUCACUUUAAUGAAUACGGGAUGUCCAAGGCCUACUGUUCGUGAUACAGCAUUGCAACUGUUGCAAUUGUUAGAUAAGAGGUUUUUUGGAACAGUUGGACCACUCGCUGAGAGUGAUUUAGCUGAGGGUGAUAAAGGACGUAGCACUUUAGACACACUCCUUGCUACGACUUAUCGACGAUCUCAAGUACAUUUAUCGGGACAGUUGGCACUCCUGCAUCCUGAAUUAACAAUGCCGAUGUUUUCGGAAAUCACUUAUCGGUUUCAAUCGGCUCGUCCCGAAGUCAGACAAUUAUUACUUCAAUAUUUACUUCCUUGGUUGCAUAAUAUGGAAUUGGUGGACCCCAAUGUACCACCACCAAACCCCCACACGUACCAAUUUUACGCUAAUGAGACCGGUAGAGGGCGUAAGGAAGGUUGGGGUUCAGCUGAAGCUACUGAAAUGGUACUAAAUAAUAUUUUCUACAUUACUGCAAAAUUCGGUGAUAAUCAUUCGAAAGAAAUUGAAGAAGUUUGGGCUACAUUGUGUACAUCAUGGCCUAAUAAUAUGAAAGUCAUUAUACGCUAUUUGAUUAUAAUAUCUGGAAUGGCACCCUGUGAAUUACUUCCAUAUACAAAACGUGUUGUUUUGUAUUUGGCAAGAGUACAACCGGUGAGGUUACUUGAUGAAAUGAUGCUCGAAUUACAAACAGUUGAAACUUUAAAUUGUUUGAUUGAAAGGACAGAAACGCCACCAUUUUACCGGUUGACUGUCAUGCGAAAAACUUCAAGUCACUCGGAUGGGACAAAUGGGGGUGGAGGACAAUCAGAUUCCAACGCUAGACAAGACUUGAAUAUCGAGAAGGGUACAAUUCAUACGAAACGUCACAGUGGUGAAGACCCAUCAAAAGUUAAUUCGAGUAACGUUUUAUCGGAUUAUAAUUCCCGCAUUGAGAAAUUACGUAGUUCAGAUGAUGGUUGUUCAUCAUCAGAUGAUGUUCAAGGUGAUGAUAUGUUUCGUGAGAAAUUCGAUAUACCUCAACCACAUCCGUUACCAAUGCCCGAAUAUGGUGGGUAUUUUGCCCCCUUAACUGAGUAUUUACCCGAUAGUUCUCAACCGAUUUCGGGGUUUCACCGAUGUAACGUCGGUGUGAUGUUAUUGUGCGAUGUUGUUGUUGAUGGAAUUGAGUUAGAUUGGACUGUUCAUGUCCCCUUAAUGCUCCAUAUUUUAUUUCUUGGGUUGGAUCAUACUCGUCCAUUGGUCUACCAACAUUGCAAACAACUUUUACUCAAUUUACUCGUCGUACUUGCACAACACAACGAUCAUUUAACAGUGGCUCAUAUUUUACUCAAUAGUAAAACGAAUCAGUUGCAAUUGGGGUUGUCGACACCACAAUUACCCAUUUUUAAGCAUAGUUUCACCGAAGCCGACUCGGUUUUUGAUAUUUAUCUCGGUGAGGGUAAUAAAGUUAAAAAUUGUGGGGUUUUACCCGAAGGUGAGGAAACUAAAGAUGUGACAAUUCCACCGGUGAUUGUCACACCUGAGGAUUCACCAUUGAUUUGUAACAAAUUAGAGUUGAGUGUGUCACUUGUCAUUAAAUCAUUGAUUGAUUUCUUGAGUAAUCAGACUGGUCCAUUAUGGAAUUACGAAGAUAUAACAGCGAAAGUUUGGACGGUGAAAAGUGCCGAACAAAUUGAUAUUUUUCUUCAACACAUUUUGAAAAUUUUUCAAUUUUCAUUACCCAAUGCACAUGUGAAUGAAAGGUGGGCUCAAACGGCGCUACAACUUGGUUUGAGUUGUUCGUCACGUCAUUACGCCGGUCGUUCAUUACAAAUCUAUCGUGCUUUACGUGUACCAAUCUCGUCACGUAUGCUUUCGGAUAUUUUAAGUCGGUUGGUUGAGACAGUUGCCGAACAAGGGGAGGAUAUGCAAGGUUACGUCACUGAACUACUUUUGACGCUUGAAGCUGCCGUUGAAUCACUCGAAUCGGAUUUUAGACCGUUGGAUUUCAUGAAAGACUUUUUCAAAUCAACACCAAAUCUCAAUAAUAAGGAAUUGGUUAAGCAAAGUGUUGCACAUAAUGCUGCAACUGCAUUAUUCAAUCAUUCGAUACAAACCGGACAUGCACGAAGUACAAGCUAUUCAGUGUCGUAUUGUUUGCGAAAAAAUGUCUCAUCGCCGAAUGAAACCAAAGAACGAAAGACGGAAAUUGAGCAUCGAACAGGGAAUAAAUUCGCGUCGAAUUUGUCACGUUCAAGGUCAGCUCAAAGUUUGAAAUUAUUGGGUGAUUCAGCGACUCAAGAUGAUAAAUUAACGAUUUUAUCGCAAUUGUUUUGGUUGGCUGUGUCGCUACUUGAGAGUGACUAUGAACAUGAGUUUCUAUUGGCUGUGAGAUUACUAGCACGUGUCAUGCACCGGUUGCCACUAGAUCGGCCCGAUGCUCGUGAUAAAGUCGAAAAAUUGCAGUCACAAUUGAGAUGGAAUUCGUUCCCAGGAGUUCACGCUUUAUUACUAAAGGGUUGCACACAUGCGAAUAUAUACGAACCAGUGGCGGCGCUCCUAUCCCAGUUUACUCCCCUCUUGACCUUGGUUGUGGUUGAUCCCUCACAAACUAUCGCUUUUCCGAUGAAUGUCAUCGCUUUGUUACCUUACAUGUUGUUGAAUUACGAGGAUGCAAAUGAGAUUUGUAUUCGAGCAGCGGAGAAUAUCGCACAAGUUAGUAUUGAGAAAAGUAAAAAAUUGGAAAAUUUAGGUACGGUAAUGAAUCUUUACAGUCGUCGAACUUUCAGUAAAGAGAGUUUCCAAUGGACGAAAUGUGUAAUUAAGUACCUUUACGACACCUAUUCCCAUCUCAGUUUCAACAUGUUGACUUUUUUAAUUGAAGUCCUUGAAAAAGGCCCCAAUAACCUUCAACUCCCCAUCCUAAACAUCAUUCAUUGUAUCCUCCACUAUGUUGAUUUAGGUUCAGCGGCGGCUCAACCAAUCAACACUGAUCUUCUUCGUGUUAUUGUCAAAUACAUUGAAGGGAUUCACUGGAAGGAGGCUUUGAAAAUAUUGAAAUUAGUUGUGACUAGAUCAAGUUCACUAGUAGCGCCCCCUAUUACAGUUCAUUCAAACUGGGAGAGUGUCAAUCCCGUCCCCCACCCCUCCUUCAAUGAAGAUAGUUUAUUUGCACGUAAAGAACUUCCAGGUCGUACAAUGGAAUUUACAUUUGACGUUUCACAAACACCUGUGAUUGGUCGACGUUUUUUCAAUAAGAGUGGGGAGGAUGGUGGUGGAGCCAAUCAAAUGGUAACACCACGACGUUCAUGUUCAUUAAGUCCGGCAGAUGUCGCACCACAAACCGGUUGGAAACGACCUUGGAUGUCACAAGGACGUGUCAGAGAAUGUCUUGUUAAUCUUUUAACGACUUGUGGACAAAGAGUUGGACUACCGAAAAGUCCAUCUGUCAUUUUUAGUCAAACUUCUGACAUUAUUGAAAGACAAUCAAGUAUGGCAUCAAGUACGGAGGAAAUGUCAUGUGGUAAUAAUGAUAUCAGUGGCGGAUCAAGAAGGGAUGAUGCUGCAACUGAAUUUGGUGUUUUUAAAGAUUUUGAUUUUCUUGAAUAUGAGAGUGAAAGUAUUGAGGGUGAAAGUACCGAUAAUUUUAAUUGGGGUGUACGUCGUCGACCGUUGAGUCAAGGCGAAGAAGAACAACCGAGUUUGAAACAACUCGAGGAUAGUUUAAGUGAAAAAACACCAAUGUUAACAGUUCGAAAAAGAUUAAUGACAGAGGAGUCAUCUGAUGAUGAAAUCGGUUCUGAAUCACCCCUUGAUGAGAUUGUAAUUGCGACAGAAUUUGAUAAUAUUACCGGUGAAGGUGUUAGUUUUCCUCCAUCGUCGCUUGUUUUACGUGAACAUCCCUCGCAGAUUAUUUCAAGUGCACGAUCCGAUACCAGUGGUUCAAGUGCUGGCGAUUUGGGUGAGGUGACACCAUGUAAUGCGUCACCGAAUUUUACGGGGAUUUUGACGAUAAGACCGAGCAAAAGCGAUGUUUUGGAGAAUUGGACGUUGUUUAUUCAAACAAAUAUGAUACAAAUAUCGACCAAUACAUUGGAGUUUUUCCACCAAUUACAAAAUCUCAUUCGAGAUGUUUGUUUAUCGACGAUUGAUAUAACGAAAGAUUCUUGUUGUUUUAUGAUACAGUCGGCUGCUGGUGGUUUACCGACUAUUAAAUUAAUCGGUUCUCGAUUAAAUUCGAUGAUUGAUAUUAUGUCGUAUCGUAUUUUACCGCCAAGUCUGAUUUGGUUUAAUUCCUCGGCUUUGAGCAACACGAAAUUUAUCGAAACUUUGAAAUAUGGAAUGUUGGAAGUGCAAGAACAUUUGGAGACUUUUUGUGAUAAGAAAGAUCAAGCCGCUGUGUAUUGUAACGCAGUUAAAACCACUCUGAAAGUGGAAUAUUUAAGCGGUCAACAACCCAUUGAAGUUCAUCAUUAUUUACUCGAUUUGGGAAAAUCACUCUACAAGCUUUAUUUUCAAUUGUUACUAUUGAUCGAAGCUGGGAAUAAAAUCAUUGCAACAUUGCACAACACAUUGAAAAUGGCUCAAUUGAAAGAUGUUACUGUUGAUAUCAUUUCGAUUAAAAACGCCCUUUUGAGGUGCACCGAAGACAACGAAGCCGACGGGGGUGUUUCGCCCCCGACUUGUUCUAAUUCUGACACGAAUUUGUACAAGUUGAUUGAAAGUGAGAAAUUUUCAGCGGCUAUUGCGUUCUAUAAAGCGAAUAAAGACGUAUUACUGAAAGAAAUUUCAGACGUUUACGAUCCAACCAAUGAUGUGCAUGCAAUUUUAAGUCUAUAUUGCAAGAAAGUUAUUCAGGAUAAGCCAGAGUGUUUUGUAAUGACCAAUCAGGAGAGCGAUUUAGCUGAUAUUUUCGGACGGCUGUUUCAAGUUUCAGCUGCUGUAGCUGAUUUGGAAAGUGUGAUUAAGACUACGACACAAGUCGAGAAGGCGACGGAUAGCAAAAUUUAAGUUUCAUUGUGAUGUAAGAGUUUUUUUGAUUGGUAAACCAAAGACUGAACGUUAAUAUAUCAAAAAAAUGCAACACAAAGUAUACUAUCAAUAAUUCUAGUUCAGUAGAGGAGUAGCUUAGUAUAAUUUAUAAUGUAUCAAGACUAUAAUUAUCAAUUUUGACAUUUUUAUGUAUCGUAUGAGUAUAAUUCGUUGUAGUAAGAAUUAAAAUGCAUUCAAAAUGGA